AUGGCUCCAGCAAGCUCUCGCAAAAGGAAAUCCGAUGAAAUGGACGAACCGGCCGCUGGUACUGUCACCCCCUCCCGCAGUCCGGUGCGCAAGAAGAUGAGAAUCACACAGCAACAGAAGCAAGCAUUGAUGGACAACCUGCAACUCGAAAUAACCGAGCGAGCGCGACAGCUGAGAGCAGGCUAUGCUCUUCAAUGUGCCGAUCUGCGAGCUCGCGUUGAGAGACGCGUCAACCGCAUUCCUCUCUCCAUCCGCAAGAUGACCAUGGGAGAACUGAUGCAACAACAUGAAUCUUCAAAGGCCAUGCAGAACCGCCCUCGAGCAUCACCUCCCAACCCCAAACCAACAACAUCAGUUGAAGUGCCUGCACCAAAGCCGCUACCUCCUCUCCCGCGAGAAAGUGGCACAGCUAAGCUACCUUCUCCACUUCGAUCGCAACCACAACCUCCAGCCACCCGAGGAGGCAAAAAGCGCAUGAGCCCUCUAAUUCAGAUUGCUUUGGAUAAAGUGAGCGAGCACGACCCGUCGGAAGCCGCGCCAGAUACCCUCCCGGUGACCAAGAAUACGAGGCGUGGCAAAGCAACAGCACCGGCACGCCCGACUUCUCGCGCGGCUGCGAAACAAAUCUCGGUUCUAUCUCCACGCUCCCACAACUCUCGCACUCUGCCUCGCUCGCCAAUAAAAGACCCCUACCUCCCACCUUCCCCUGCGAAGAACAUGCUCAUCCGCCCAACAACGACCGCCAUUUCUCCAAUUCGCCCAGCGUCCCCACUGAAAUCGGUCGCCACAGCAGCAACAUCCGCCAUUUCAGCCGGCGUGCACGGCAUGAUCGAACAGGCGAAAAGAGGAGGUACUGCCACCGCCGCGAAACUGACCCGGACGGCGUCCAAGGAGAAGAAAGAAGCUACUGCGACUGCCAAAGCCCAAAUGCUCCCGCCUCCGAAACCGAGUGCUCCACCUUCUCCGCAACGUGCAUUCAGCCAGGCAAGCACUCACAGCAUCUCAACCGAUCUUUCUGUGGCCUCAAAUGGCACUACUGUCGUCAAGCCGAAGCGAGGAGGUAGAGCUGCCACUGUCAAGGCUACCGCACAGUCAAAGGAUCCCGUUGCUAUAGACAAAAAGAAAGGGGGCAUGGCAAGGGCUGCUAGUGCGGCUAAGACGGCGCUGAAGAGGAACGCCACUGCUCCUAGCACUACGGCGACAAGUAAAAGAGUGGUGGUUGCGGAGCCGGCGGCGGGAAGAAGGGUGCUGCGGAAGAGGACCUGA